CUCUCUCUCUCUCUAAAUUCCAUAUUUAUCUCAAUUACUGCUUUGAUUUUCAUAUUAUUUUGAUGAACAAACAACGCGAUCCAUCAUGUAUCUGGUCGAAUUCUAAAUCAAGUUUGUUAUUUCAAUUUUUGGUUUUGGCAUGAUAUGCAGGUCAAACUCAGUAAUUUGUAAAAUCAGAGAUGAUCCUUAGGUGAUUUGUCAAACUCUGUAUUGUCUUGCAACAACCAAUCAAUAUCCUUCAUAUCAUCAUAGCAAUUGCAGUAGCCGUGUUUCUCAUUCUGGAUCGGGCAAUUUGAACAUUCGAGCAAUAAGAUGGGUUAUCUCAAUUCGGUUUUGUCAUCUUCAAGCCAGGUUCAUGCUGACGACGCUCCCGUUAGCGGUGGUGGCCUCAGUCAGAAUGGAAAAUUCAGCUAUGGAUAUGCAAGUUCUCCCGGAAAAAGAUCUUCUAUGGAAGAUUUUUACGAGACAAGAAUUGAUGGUGUUGAGGGGGAGAUAGUUGGUCUCUUUGGAGUUUUUGAUGGUCAUGGGGGUGCACGUGCUGCCGAAUAUGUCAAGCAAAAUCUGUUCAGUAAUUUGAUCAAGCAUCCAAAGUUUAUUUCUGACACCAAAUCUGCUAUAGCUGACGCAUACAGCCACACAGACUCAGAAUUCCUGAAGUCAGAAAAUAAUCAGAAUAGAGAUGCUGGGUCAACUGCUUCGACUGCUAUCCUAGUUGGUGACCGUUUGCUUGUUGCAAAUGUUGGGGAUUCCAGAGCAGUGAUAUGCAGGGGUGGUAAUGCUAUAGCUGUUUCUAGAGAUCACAAGCCUGACCAAACUGAUGAGCGUCAACGGAUUGAGGAUGCAGGAGGAUUUGUAAUGUGGGCAGGAACUUGGAGAGUUGGAGGUGUUCUUGCCGUUUCUCGUGCAUUUGGAGAUAGGUUGUUGAAGCAGUAUGUUGUUGCUGAUCCAGAAAUCCAGGAGGAAAAGAUUGACAACACUCUUGAGUUUCUUAUCCUUGCAAGUGAUGGACUGUGGGAUGUUGUCACCAAUGAGGAAGCCGUUGCGAUGAUUAAAUCAAUUCAGGAUCCAAAACAGGCAUCGGAGAGGCUAAUGCAGGAAGCAUAUCAGAGAGGAAGUGCUGAUAAUAUUACUUGCGUUGUUGUACGUUUCUUGACUAAUCCAGGAGGUUCAUCAAGAAGCAGUUCUGGGUAAGCACCAAUCCAGGUCAGAUCAAGGGUGUUGGUUCCUUCAGACUGACAGGUGGGCUGUCAAUAAAAGAAUUCAGUGGUGAUAGUCAUAGAAAAUCUAUGGUAGUAUUGUACUUUUACAAGGAUAGACUGUUCAAUAUUAUCAGGCCGCUUGUAUUUGCCUCUAGCAUAGAAAGACCGUGUGAGUUUAGUUCUUGUAACUUGUGGUGUCAAGUGUAAUGGAAAUGUUUCAUCUGUUUGUAAAGCGUAUUCUCAUUUCAUUUGCUGUAAAAAUCUCAUGCUGAUUGUUAAACUCUUGAGGGUUAAAUGAUUGUCCAAAAUACUCGUGAUGCAACC